CACUCCAGUACAGUAGGUGGCGGGGUAUGCACAUUAAAAGUUGGAUGCGAUCCGCCAACCCAAUCCCGAAGCAGAAGAAGAACGACCAGAAGAGCAGUCCAUGGCUUCUUCAGACGUCUUUGUUGCUGCUGCUCGCAAAUGUCUACGAGUUGGAAAGAAACGCUUCUCUGCCACUGUGAGUCUGAACCUGGCUACUCAGGUCCUGGCUGUGGACUUGGGCCUGAAGCCCGCUCUGCUAUAUGACAGUAAUACAGCAUCUGCAGAGCAGGUCCAACAGUAUUUAAACUCACUGCAGGCUGCACAACUUGUGUCUAAAUCUCUCCAGACAGUGGUCAUCAGUGAGAAUUCCUUGAUUGUGAACCCAUCCCUAACUAUAGCAAACCUGGAGGCACUUCUCUUGAGGAGGACUGUGACUGUGGUGGAUGUAUGUCACUCACUGGAGCAGCCUGCCAUCACUGAGCUACAGUGGGGAGCUAUCAGGGACAUGAUUCAUGCUUUACUUGCUCAUAUUAGACAGUUUGGGCAACAUUCUGCGAUGAGAAAUGUCCCUCACCGAAUUGAAAAGAGUCAUUGUGAGGCAUGGAAUCUGUGUACUCUAUUCGGGAUUCUAUUGGGCUACCCCUCCACAUACUGGUUUGACCAGAGCAGGAGCUUUGAGAACUGCCUAGCUAUGUCUCCGCUGGUGGUGACCAAGGCUGUGGCAUCCUGGCAGGGUGGUGGUUCUGGAGUUGAGGGUCACAGGUGUUGCCUGUAUUCCUUCAGCACCCCAGAGAUGUUGCAGGCAGAGASUCUGUCAGUGAUGGCGAGCUGGACUACACAGCUUCAGGAACGAUUUCAGCAGCAGACAGUCUUCUCUGGACUCAGUGUAACCAGAUCAACUGUCACCUUACCUUCUGUGGCUCUAUGAUUAUAAUAGGACUUUGUGGAUGGAUAUUGUAUGAAAAAUGUGACGGUAUUUGUAUUUUGGAUAUUGUCUGUAAAACAAUUGAUAAGGAAACAUUGAAGAAGCACUUGUUCAUGUUUCCAAACUGAUUUACAUAAUCAGUUUGUAAACAUAAUUUAUUUAAAAUAUAAAUGCAUUUGUGAGGGAAGUUUACACCAAUGACUACAUCAAGCUUGUGGCUACAAACUUGUUGGAUGCAUUGCAUUUUGUUUUGGUUGUGUUUCAGAUUGUUUUGCCCAUUUUGGGGUUACUUAUUGUAAACAAGAAACUAUGUUUCAGAACACUCCUACAUGAAUGUGUAUGCUGCCAUGAUUAGGAGUAAUCAUGAAUAAAUUGUAAAUGAUGAGUGAGAAAUUAAGAGGCACAAAGAUCAUGAUCUUUAUUCCUGAUUUUGGGGGUAUUUAAUUUUUUAUUUAACUAGGCAAGUCAGUUAAGAACAAAUUCUUAUUUACAAUGAUGGCCUACCCCGGCUA